CGUCCCGUUCCGUGGCGAUUCGGCCAGUCACGGGGAAUGUCACAACUGGUCGUGGUAACCCAACUGAAGGUAGGUCCUUCAGUGAGAACACUCGUGUAGGGGUCAAGAUAGGCUGAGAACAUUCUAAAUGUCUAAAAUUAGCAUGACUGAUCAUGCACGCUAAUGGAGUUAAGAGUAGUGAUGACAACAUGUCGGAUUCCCACUCCUACUGGGCGGCCAUCUACUACAACAGCUCUAACAGAGACAAGGCGAAUGACAUCAUCAGACAGCUUGCAGAGGACGGCGUGUUCCUUGUUCGAGACGGGACACAAGGAGAUAAAGUUCUAGUCGUCUACGCCGAUAAUAAGCCAAGAAAAUUCAGGAUUGAAAACGUACAAGGAAAAUACUGCUUGGAGAGUAAUCAUGAAGUUGUAUACAGCUCGGUGGAAGAAUUACUGCACUAUUACUAUACCACGUUUCUACCUCAUUAUAACGUGUACCUAACAACUCCUUUUCAACUCCACCCAAGGUUUAGUUCAGACAUGAUGUGGUAACGCUGAAGUGGAUCUGGUGUUAAAAGUUUAAAUAUUUGUGGUCAUUCCAAAGACUCGUUACCCGGAAAUGCACCGGAACCGGAAGUCCAAGGUUCGUGCAUGGUGACUGUGAUUUCUCACAGUGAGGUAACAGGAUAUUGUUGAAUAUAUUCGUCACCAGGGCACAAGUAUGAAACUUAUCAGCCCUCAUCUUGCAUAUAAAUUCUGUCCAUGUUUAGGUUUGUCCUCCGGUGCUAAUUGGCCCCGAAUAUGUAUAUUAUCUGGACUGGUCAUCAUAGUUUGAAGGAUGUAGAUAAUACCAAGAAUGAAAGAUUGAAUAACUGAGCCAUGAACAAUGUCUCUGCUUAUCGUGGCUAGCAUGAGUGGGUGUGUUGGGUUCAACGCUUGUUUACACAAUUACGUUAAAGGGGCGCUGGUUUAAUGUGUGAGAAAUGCCGCAUUUAAGCAGAUCUUUUUGUAUAUUGGUUACAACACAAACGGAAAAGAUGCUGAAAGAACAGGGAUGAUAUUCGGACCGAAUCCUGGAUUCGAACCACAUUUAACAUACCCCGGAAUAAAUUAAGAACAGACAUUAUGUCAUUCGAGUGCGAAUAAUUGUGCUUUUGCAUGUAUUAUCACUUAGCAAGCAAAACAAACCAUUUUAUUAUCUA